GAAAUUCUCCGACUCUUGGACGUGACAAAGCGAGCCACCUCUCUACCUCAGACGUGUCCGACUGGAAGUCGAAAGCGUACAUUCUAAUCGGCAGAGUCGAAGAAGGAAGAGAUGCUGAAAUUCAAUCGAUUGAUGGGUCGAAGCUCCGCGAACAGAGCAUCGGCUCUGCGUUCUAAGUUGUUCGCACGCGAUGAGGAGCUCGUCGCCUCUCUGCCUCCACCCCAUUUGGCCCAGAGGACCUCGACUCGCUUCCUCGACAUUUACCAGAUGGGAAACAAAGCAGCGAUGGAAAAGGAACGUGCCCGGCUGACAGUGCGGAUGAGAUGAACAGAGGCUAUUUUGCUGAUAUGUCGGAGCUUCAGAAGCAUGGUGGUAAGAUUGCAAUGGCGAAUAAAAUCAUAACUCCAGCGGUGGCAGCUAUAAAGUUUCCCGUCAUUGAAGUCGAUCGAUCAGAUGGACAAAGUUUCAAGCUGCCCAUCAGCAGCAGUGGCAAAAAGGUCGAUCAGAACAUGUCAUCUGUCCCUAAGGCUACUUUGUUAUGUCUGUCGUUCCGGAGAAGCUCCCAGGCAAUGAUCGAUUCUUGGGGUGUGCCUUUUCAAAAUGCUUUCCGUGAUAAAGAGGAGGUGCAUCUUUAUGAGGUGUCCCUCAUUGAUACGUGGUUAUUAUGUCGGAAGCCAAUUAAGCAAUUGCUUCUCCGGGUUAUGAGAAAACCCAAAAGCGAGGAUAAUCAAGGUCCACUCAGAAGGCAGAUUGUCUAUUCGUUUGGAGACCAUUACUACUUCAGGAAAGAACUCAAAAUAUUGAACCUCCUCACUGGGUACGUAUUCUUGCUCGACAGAUUUGGAAGGAUUAGAUGGCAAGGCUUUGGAUCAGCAACUCCAGAGGAGCUGCCCUCCCUUCUCUCUUGCGCAUCCCUUCUUUUGGAAGAAAAGUAAGGCCGCAAAAAGUUUUUGCCGGAUUGCACCCUUCUUUGUGCUGAACAUUUUCCCCCAAGCCUGUUCGCAUCGAACUUCUGUUAAAUUAACACUUAGAUGGCCAUAAAAAUACAUAUUUGGCACUUCAACUUAGGGCCACAGAUUUUUUGGAGAUGGUUUGUGUUCUUGAGAGAAAUAAUUCCAGGCGAUGAGUGGACAUGUCCAUGUUGUCUGUAGAUCGCCCGCAUACUGUACUUACAACAAAUCAGCAAUCCAGGUUUUCAAACUGUAA